AUGGCCAGCCCUAUCGGGUACCUCAUCCAUCCAGACCCCUCGUCACAGCCGCAGAAACCGGCUUCGCAAACGCUCCCGGGCAUCACCAGUGCCCACAGUCCCCUCGCUGUUACCUCGAGCCCGGCGUCGGCCUCUAGGUUUCCAACUACGUCCUUGGCCUCGAGCGUGCCGGAGCAACGAGGUGCUCGAAACCUACCCGGUGAUCACAACCGAACACAACCUCUCUACCAAUGCGCAGAUUGUCUUCGACAGGUGUGUUCCAAGGCAUUCGCCCGAGCCGACCUCCUCAAGCGCCACCGUGCCAACCAUCAGGAUGGCAAUGGCAGUAAACGCAGGCGCAUCAACUCGGAUCCAUCGGCGAGCCGGGUAGGACAGGCCUGUACCGCUUGCGCAAAGGCGAGGGUGAAAUGCACGCGCUGCAAGAACCGCGGGCUGGCCUGCGAGAUUCCUGUCUCAGAGGACGCGGCUGCGUACAUGGCCCAUCUCUCCGCAAACCGCGUGGGGCACACCGAGUCGACCCCUGAAUCGUGCUGUUCUGUCUCGUCUAGCCUCGGGCAGGCAGAAGAUCCGAUCCCCGUAGGCUCGACCUCCUUUCCAUAUGUCCAGUCUGCUAGUCCCGAGGACGGUAAAGAUGGUACUGGCACCCCUGCGUACGCUGCGUACGAUAAAGGUGCUGAAUUCCACACUGUGGGAGCGCCCUCGGGUCCGACAUCUCAGAGCAACUUUGGUAGCAUCCGAUCCCAUCCCGGCGGCGAUCUGCAGUAUGUCGGGCAGGAAGAGGCAGCCAGGGCUCAAUUCCCGGACUUCCUACGCGACGUCUUGUACGACCAGUCUUUGGGCAGCCCCAUCAAAUCAUCAGAAUCCCAGGGGCCAAUGUUGGACUUCUAUGACGAUGUCAACCUCGAUUUUAACGAGUUCGAUUUCAACAUGCUCAACUACUGGAUACCCGACCCUCCCUCAGAUAUGUCGACACAGGUGGCCAACCCAGAGGACCCCGUCGGCAUGACCGAGAUGCGCUCGACGUUGGCCAAGAUUUGGACCGAGUCUCCGUGGAGAUGGACGCCAGGAACGACAGACAGCCGCUUCACUGAGCAACCGAACCUGCCUCUUCCAUUCGCCGACGCAAACAGCACCAAGAUUCACGAGAAUCGAGCAGCGGGAAGACGUGUGGCCAAGGAAGCGCUCCGCCCCUCGUGCAGGGAUAAGAUUCUCGCCAUCGUCUUGAGUACCUGUCGCGAAACCAGCAUGGCGAACCGCGUCGCGUCGUCCUUCCCGGCAACUGAUACCAUUGAUUCGUGGAUCAACAUCUUCUUGGCUGCCCACAUGUGUCAAGUCUCGUCGUGGAUUCACUACGGCUCCUUCUCACUCAAUAGUCAGUGGCCAGAGUGGCUCGCCGUCGCUGCCGCCUCCGGUGCUGUCCUGACCGCCGUCCCCGCUUUUCGCCGAUUUGGUCUUGCCCUGCAGGAGGCGAUACGCACUGCUAUCCCGGAGAGGGUAAGUCACUAG